AGGGCUUCCGGGCACUCUUGGCCUUAACCGGCGCCUGCCAUGGCCUCGUCUCUGGUGGGGAAGAAGAUCGUGUUUGUGACGGGAAACGCAAAGAAGCUGGAGGAGGUCGUUCAGAUCCUAGGAGAUAAGUUACCGUGUACUCUGGUGGCACAGAAAAUUGACCUGCCUGAGUACCAGGGAGAGCCGGAUGAAAUUUCCAUACAGAAGUGUCAGGAGGCAGCUCGCCAGGUGCAGGGCCCUGUACUUGUGGAGGAUACCUGUCUCUGCUUUAAUGCCCUCGGGGGACUCCCUGGCCCCUACAUAAAAUGGUUCCUAGAGAAGCUGAAGCCUGAAGGUCUCUACCAGCUCCUGGCCGGCUUUGAGGACAAAUCAGCCUAUGCACUCUGUACCUUUGCUCUCAGCAUGGGGGACCCAAGCCAGCCAGUACUCCUGUUCAGGGGCCAGACCUCGGGACAGAUCGUGAUGCCCCGAGGCUGCCGGGACUUUGGCUGGGAUCCCUGCUUUCAACCUGAUGGAUAUAAGCAAACGUACGCAGAGAUGCCAAAGGCUGAGAAGAACACCAUUUCUCAUCGGUUCCGGGCCCUGCUCAAGCUACAAGAGUACUUUAGCAUGACCGCGGGGGCUGGCGACCACUAGGGCCAUGUGCUGGGGGGACAGGUGCAGAACUCCCCAGGAGGCAGGCAGGCCUGGCAAGGAUUCCUCUGCUUUCCCUUUGCUGGGGGAGCCAGCCAGCUUCAGUAGCCAGGUCUAGGAAGAGCAGUUGGCUCUGCAUAAGGGAACUCUGGGCCAGUUGAUGCUAAACUCUUGCCCUUUGGGAUUCAGGAGUUGCCUUUGGCUAGGCACACCUUUAAUCCCAGAAUUUAGGAGGCCGAGGCAGGCAGAUCUUUGUGAAUUUGAGCCCUGCCUAGUUUACAUAUUGAGUUCCAGGACAGCCAGAGCUACAUAGUGAGACCCUCUUUCAAAAACAAAUAAAACAACAAGAUUUGUUCUUGCAGCCUCUGGCUCUGGGAUCGUGAGAAUUUUGAAUGUUCUUAUCUGGGUUGAGGGUUCAGCAAAGAAACACAAUUUUUGAUUUUAGAAUGCAAUAAAUGUAAAUUCUGGAAGAUACUUGUUCCCAAAAUAAAUGUUAUGUUGGUUUUGA